CCCCCCCAUUACAUUAUUGCAAUCUUUCUCCGUCAUGUUCUCCGCUGGUCGUCGCAGCAUUCUCGAUGGACUCAAUCGGCGGUACAUCUACGGUCGCUUGCCACUGCUUCAUACGAUAAUCUUUCUUAUCGAGAUGGCGGCGGCAACGCGGCUUGCCGCCAAAUUCAACUCCUACUAUUCGGAGAAACCAGUCCUCACUACUAUGGUCACCAAUGCGAUCCUGGGUGGAAUCGCAGACACUGUAGCACAACUGAUCACGGCUGUCAGGGCUGGCUCCGCACGCCGCUCGUCCAAUAGUGGGGACUUCAUCUCGAUUGAGAUCCAUGAUCUAGACAAGGAGAAGCCGCCUGCUCUCGGGGAGCUGGGCCAUGCGCGACACGCAAUCCCAGCGUUUGACUUUGAGCGCCUCACCCGGUUCAUGUCGUACGGCUUCUUCAUGGCCCCGGUUCAAUUCCACUGGUUCGGCUUCUUGUCUCGCACUUUCCCUCUCACGAAGAAGAACCCGAGCAUCCCGGCGCUGAAGCGGGUGGCUUUUGACCAGCUCAUGUUCGCUCCGUUCGGGUUGGCGUGCUUUUUCACAUUCAUGACGGUGGCUGAAGGUGGUGGAAAGCGGGCCUUGACGCGCAAGUUCCAAGAUGUAUACUUGCCUACGCUGAAGGCCAACUUUGUUCUCUGGCCUGCCGUCCAGAUCCUCAACUUCCGUGUCAUUCCCAUCCAGUUCCAGAUUCCUUUCGUGUCAUCUGUUGGUAUCGCCUGGACUGCUUAUCUGUCAUUGACCAACUCUUCGGAGGAAGAGUGAAAAAAAGAACGCACUCUCAUCUUUAGGCAUAUCGAGAAUUGCGCGAAGGUGCCAUUCUUUCACGCCAUAUUGUUUCAUUAGGCUCUGCUUUUCAAUCUUUUGUAUGCUUACGAGGCGUUGUAUAUCAACGGUUGGGUUAGGGGAAUUGCUUGUUCUUGUCGCAUGGGUGGAGUCUCGGUUAUCUUCCAUGCCGGCAAUGUUGUUUGAUGCGCGUUGAGAGGUUUUCGCUCACUAAUAAACAUGUGCUUCCAUUGUUCUGAGAGGAGGAUGAAGAGAAAUACACAGUGUCUGUUUUUCGUUCAGCAGUGCCGAGGAAUUGGGGAAAUAGGUUGCUUUGGUCCACGGUGGAUGACUUCUCC